GCGGAGACGAACUGGGCAGUCCACGAGGGCAUCCACACGAAGAAGCGCAACCAAUUGGCCUUCGAGAAGGUCGUGCAACUGGUUGAGAUCACUGCAAAUGUGCGGUUGACAGAGUAUCGGCGGGUAGGAUGCGGUUAUGUGCUGCCAUGGCAGCGGAACGAGGGCAUGCAGGACUGCCAGGAAGGACUCGAGGUGGAGCCGGCGCGCACGGGCACACACAGGGGGAUGAUGGAGGAGAGAUUGCCCAACAGGUUGCGCUUAUUACAUGCGAUCCCAUCGGGGCUUUGGCACUGCCAUCUUCUGAUGCUGUUUUUGGUCGACGUGCCUGCAUUUUCCGUCCCUACCUCAGCGAGGAUGACUUGGAUGAGGAGCUGAUACCCGAGGCAGCAGAUGACCCUGCACUCUACAUUCCUCACGAAAUCGAUGAGACGCACGAUGAUCCUGAGGACGAGGAGACGAGGACACAUACUGCACGACGGGCUUUGGACCGGGCGGACAGGGAGAUGCUGGGGGGAGACGAGGAUUUUUGGGGCCCUUUCGGGGAGGUGGCUUCCAUGGGUGAUGUGCGUGAUGACAGAGUCAGGGGCUUGCAUGCAGGCACGAGCCAGACAGAGGCGCGGAUGGCGUCUCCUACUCCGAUGAGGCCAGAGUCGUCCAUGCCGCCACCUCCAGCUCCGAGUCCUGCACCAUCAUCGCCUGUCUCGCCACAUGAGCCGGCCACAGCAGCGGUGGACACAGAGGAAUUGGCAUCCUCCUUGCUUCAACACGGACUUCUGCAGAGACUUGUGGUGAUCCGCCGGCUGAGGUUACGAUCACCUUCCCUGGGGAUGUUGCAGGAGGAGGGGCUACCAUCAACAGCACCAGUGGUGGGGGAGGUGGCAGCAGCGGAAGGGGAAGUAGUAGCAACAGCAACAGUGGAGGGCGAGGUGGCAGCAGUGGAGGGGGAGGUGGCACCAAUGGAGGAGGAGAUAGCAGCAGCAACGGAGGAGGAAGUAGCAUCAUCAACAGCAGUGGAGGGGGAGGUGGCAGCGGCGAAGGAGGAGACAACAGCAGCAACACAGGUGCCGAAUGAAGCCAUGCAGCGUGAUGGUGCAGACAACGUUGAGGGUGGUGAGGCUGUCGAGGAGCGCCUCAUGCAACAGUUCAUCACAGAGGAACUCGAUCCGGUGUCGAGCGCAUUGGUCCCACACGGGAACCCUCCCGGCCGCGUCACGCAGGAUUUGGCAGGAUUUGUCGCGGAGAGCGUUUGCCGCUCCGGCCGAGUGCGCCAGCCGUACCUCUCACGAGCCCCUACGACAGGACAGAGUCACGUGAGGCACCGCUACGUCCACCUGCGGGAGCUGUCACCAUCCCUUAGGUGGGUGUAUCCCCGCCGAGCUACUGAACCACAUGCGAAAGCUUUUCGUAUGCAAUUGCAGAGGUGGUCCAACCGAGGGCGUUUCUCGCUCGCUGUAGCAUAGGGGGUACGCGCGGUCGAACGCCCAAAAUCCAACCCGCACGCGAAUCGACGCACUGGGGGGCUGAAGUCCCAAGCGCGACCCGGCGUCGGUCGACUAGGACACACCCUACACACCACGCGUUACGCCACAACACUC